CUGAGGAUUUUCUUGCUUGUUUAAUUAGUUAUUUUAUUGUCCAUUGGAGGGAUUAAAAUAACCCCGGUCAGAGAAGGGCAGUCAGUCUUUCCAUUAUGUUUUAAGCAAGUGGGUCCAAAAGGAAAGGGUCGUGUUACUUCUAGGAUAGCAACGACUUUAAUUUUAUACAAACUGCCUACAGCCGGAACCGAGACCUGUUAGAUGCGAAGAGAGAAAACUUCAUUGUGAUACCUUAACUUUCCGUUUUAUUUUUGUUUUCCUAUAUUCUUCGAGUCCUGCAGGAAGAGCCGAGGUUAGGAUCGACACCAUUAGCCAUGUUAGCAGCUACCUGUAACAAGAUCGGCAGUCCAAGCCCUUCGCCAUCCUCUAUUUCGGAUAGUUCCUCAUUUGGGAAAGGAUUUCAUCCAUGGAAAAGAUCUAAUGCAAGCAGUUGCAAUUUGGGCUCCAGUCUCUCCAGUUUUGGGGUCGCUGGAGCGCCUCGGAACGGAGCCGGUCUGACUGACUCCUUCGGAUCAAACAGCUCUUCAGGAUCUAGUGCCUUUUCCUUGACUUCAAGCAAUUCGUCCAACUCCCCCUUUGCUAACGAAUACUCUGUUUUUCAGGCUUCUGUUUCAAACAGUUCACAAGAGCCAAGCCACCAGCCUGUUUUUAUUUCCAAGGUCCAUACUUCAGUAGACAGCUUGCAAGGUAUAUAUCCCAGGAUGAGCGUGGCGCACCCGUACGAUUCCUGGUUCAAAUCCUCCCACCCAGGCAUACCUUCUGGAGAUGUUGGUGCCACGGGCGCUUCUGCCUGGUGGGAUGUGGGCACAGGCUGGAUUGAUGUGCAGAACCCCAACGGGGCAGCGCUGCAGAGUUCCUUGCACUCAGGUGGACUCCAGACUUCCCUGCACUCUCCUUUGGGAAGCUACAACUCCGAUUAUUCUGGCUUGAGUCACUCUGCUUUCAGCACCAGCGCUUCUCCUCACCUCCUAACUACCGGUCAGCACCUGAUGGACGGAUUUAAACCCGUUUUGCCAGCUGCUUACCCAGACUCUAGUCCCUCGCCUUUAGUAGGUGCAGGGUGCACCAUGUUGGCGGGAGGUCCCACGUCUGCUCUGGCUGGAUCUCCGCGAUCCUCAGCCCGCCGUUACUCAGGCAGAGCCACUUGUGAUUGCCCGAACUGUCAAGAGGCAGAGAGACUGGGGCCAGCCGGGGCGAGCCUCCGAAGGAAAGGGCUACACAGCUGUCAUAUUCCCGGCUGCGGGAAGGUGUAUGGCAAAACGUCCCAUCUCAAAGCGCACUUAAGAUGGCACACAGGAGAAAGACCUUUCGUUUGCAACUGGCUCUUUUGCGGAAAGAGAUUCACGAGAUCUGACGAGCUCCAGCGGCAUCUGCGCACCCACACCGGAGAGAAGAGGUUUGCAUGUCCAGUCUGCAAUAAACGAUUCAUGCGAAGCGACCACCUCAGCAAGCAUGUAAAAACCCAUAGCGCCGGAGGAGGGGGAUCUGUCGGGUCAGGCUCCGGGGGCAGCGGGGGGAAAAAGGGAAGUGAUACUGACAGCGAGCAUAGUACCCCAGGCAGCCCACGCUGCCAUUCACCGGACAUGAUACAGACCCCAGAUUCGGUCCAAACAUCAGGAAUGAACGGCCACAAUAACUCCAUUGAAUAAAUGGGGAGAGACUAAAUGAAAAAUACUUGAAUGACCCUUGUAUAAAAGAUGUACAUCUAAGUUGAAAAGUAAGUGUUGUAUUCACGGACAGACUGACGGAUUUGAUGGGAAAAAAUACCACUAGGUUGUAAAUUAGUCCCAGAAAUGUGGUAAUAAUAAUAAUAAUAAUAAUAAUAAUAAUAAUAAUAAUAAUAAUAAUAAUAAUAAUAAUAAUAAUAAUAAUAAUAAAGCAACAGUUUGAAGGGCGCUUUAGUGAAGUAACAUGGUGGUAGGUAAGGACGGUGAAUAUAAAAUAAAAAUACAUGUUAUAGAGUUUAUAUGGGAUAGAAUUCCACAUUUAUACGCUGCUUUAUAACUUAAAAAACAAGUGCUUAGUGUAAAAAUAGACUGAGAAAAAAUUCUACAAUGGGAACAGAUACCUGUUGAUUAAGUAUGACAAUGGCAUGGUCUUGCUAGUAAAACUUUUUAAAAACAUAGUAUAACCAUUUUUUAAAAAAAGUAAACAGAAUGAACAUUUAUUAAGCUUUAUUUCAUAAUGUUUACUUUUGUAUAACAUUAAACCAAGGGGCACUUUCUUACACUGCGCAGUGUAAUAUUGUUCACAUGUAUACGAUACAGAAUACGAUUUGUCCUUAUCUACCGUUCAUUUCAUAGCAUAACAAGUGGUAUAUUUGUUUAUUAAAAAGCCUAUGUGUCAUUUUUUCGCUCAUGUAUUUUUCAUACUAACAUUGGGCAUAAGCUCUGUUUGAUUAAUUACAACGUAUUAAACAACUGCUCCAAGAAUGUAAAACUGGAAAAUGUUCUAGAGUAGUAUAUUAUUUUACAGCACCAAUGUAAAGGCGUGACAUGUAUGUGUCCAGGAGACGAUUUUUGUAUAGUAUUUUGUUGUAAAUUGCGUCUAGUUAAUAUUUGAAAAUAUACUGGGUAUUUUUUGUUUUUGUUUUUGUCAAUAACAGAAAUUGACAAACAAAGUUAUUGUUACAGUCCUAGUUAACUAUAAUUUGGACUUGAAUCUCGAUGUGCAUAUCAAGACGCACGUUGAGGAUUUAUUUCUUGAUUAUAAGUUUAGAAAAUAUAGAAAUGUAAUAAGCAGACAUAUUUGGUAAAUGUUGAAUGGUAUUUUUUAUUUAAUUGAGCAUGUGUCUACUUAUUGAAUAUGCGGACAGUCCGGAUAUAGUUUGAGGUUUCUCACAUAUUUCAUAAUAAUCGUGCUUUUAAUAUCAAGCUCUGAUAAUAAAGUCAAAUUGAAUCUAAAGAGUCUUGGGUUACUUUCCUUCAGUUCCUAAUAUUUGUAAAUUAAACGCUAAAAGUGUGUAACAAUUGCAAUAAUUUAGCUAUUAUAGCAAUGCCAAUAUAUUUAGUCUAUGAAUAGGAAUGAUGUUAACGUGUUCUUCUUCUUCUUCUUCUUCUUCUUCUUCUUCUUCUUCUUCUUCUUCUUCUUCUUCUUCUUCUUCUUCGAAUUAUCAUUAUUACAUCUUAUGUAUUAUUUUGUAUAAGUAAGUGGUAUGUGGUAUUUUUGUCGGACUAAAUACUAUUUAUCUGUAUUCAUUUUCAAUCAUUUAGCUCAAAAACCAAAUCAACUCAUGCUGUUAAAGCACACAUUAAAGCACACAUUUAAUUCAGUAAGAUACAGGUCGAGAUCAUCAAUGCUGUGUUCGCUAUGUAUUUGAUAUAUUACUGUCUAAAUUAACCAAACCAAUUUGCGUGCUAAAGUCCAGCUAUAUCAAUCUGAAGUGACUCGAUAGCUCAACUGGCUUUGAUCGUAUUUAAGGCCGAGUGCUAGUUUCAAAAGGUUUAUGCAAGUCGAAGUAGAAUUUCAAAGGCAUGGAUUUUUCUUUAUUUCUUUCUUUUUUUAAACAGUUAUUUAAAUAUCUUUACCUGUGAUCGUAAAAAAAUAUUCUAAAUCCAACCCGUAACCAGCAGGCCAUUUAUUUACUUUUAUUGGGCCGCUUUUGAAACAAUUGCCAGUAUCAAAUGGAACUGGCUUCCAAAUCGACUUUAUUAUUUAUUUCUUAGCAGACUUUAAUAGAAGGUUCCGAAUUGUAUUGCUGUAUGUUAGUAGGAGUCCAAUUUAACGCCUUCGUAAAUUAAACUAUACCACCUAAAACUCAUUUCACCAUUGCAGACACUGAGAGAGACUUCUGUAACCGAAAUAAUUUGAUCAAGUUUCUUUUGGUAUCACACUACAAAUACCCAAUGUUACAUUUGUACCUGCAAAAUGAUAGCGAUAUACAAAGGCAAGCAGCGAUUUCUAGUUUUGCUGCUAUUUUUUAAUUUUUAUUUUAUGAUAAGGUGUUUUUUUCCUUUUUCUUUUUUUUUUACCGUAUACAGGGAGGUAGUGUUUGUAUUCCUCUCUAAGUCCAACGCUUUAACGUCUUAAAAGUAUUUUAAACAAAUUAAAUAAAAAGCUAUCGCUCUACUUUUCCGAGUUUUUGUGACUCAAAGGGUGUAUUUAUUAUAUACAAAGGAAAUUUGAAGAAUUAGUUACAUGACAGAACAUUCUGUAACAUUUAUCAGAGGGCGUUUUUUUAUUCGUUUUAACUUGUUUAAAAAUGUACGGUACAGCUACUUAUACUUUCUGUAACCAAUAUGUCAUAAUUAUUGUGAACCAUUACAUUUACUAAUGUUAUCUUAUCCUACAUGACUAAACUGUACUGCAUAGAGCAUCUGGGAAAUUCAAAGAAUUAAAUGUAACACAAAUGGUAUUGUUCUUAAUCCAAUAUGUAAACGUUAAUUAACUAACAUUCUAAGCAUGUGCAACAUAUGUCUGUACUUGUUUAUCCCUCGCUAAAAUAUACUGCCUACCCAGUAUGAAACAGAAUCGAGGUCUCAAACUCCCCAGUGACCAUGCACAGUUUAAUAGACAGUGUCAGUUAUACACAGGUUGUUGAAGCAUUGCAUUUCUAUACAGGUGACAUCCGUCACUCAGAUGGAUAAAGGCUCUUGCGCGUUCCAGAAUACGGCGUUUCCGUUGUUUCAAUGGCCUGUAUGUCAAAUUAGCAAAUACUUUGCGCUUAACUGUUACGAUAGUUUCAAACAACAGGCAGACCGUCUUUCAAACAGAAUUAGAAAGCAGGAAAGUGUAUAAGUUUGUACUAUAUAUUUGUAUGUAAUGUUUUUUUAUUUGUAGCAAAAUUGUAUGAUUAGAUUUUUUUUCUAAAUGUAGUUUUGUAAAUGCAAACAACCUUAACAAGAAUAAUAAUACUUAUAGCAACAUUAUUAUUAUUAUUAUUAUUAUUAUUAUUAUUAUUAUUAUUAUUAUUAUUAUUAUUAUUAUUAAUAAGAAGAAGAAGAAGAAGAAGAAGAAGAAGAAGAAGAAGAAGAAGAAGAAGAGGAAGAA